UGGAAAUCAGAACGCUCGCAGCUGCCGAGGCUGUGCUUCGGCAUUAGGUGAGCGCACCACAGCGACCACCGACAGGCCCCUUCAGCUUUCUACCUUUCACUCCCAUUCUGCCCCUACUUCUACUUGAUAUCUAGUUUUCCUCAUUCGUCAAAUUUCUUCUGUAUCAACCACAUAAUCCUUCCUCAUGGCCUAUCGAGACCCGUACGCUGCGCAGUACGGCCGGUACGAGCACGACGCCCAGUACACCCAGCCCGACUUCAAUCCUUACGGCCAUCAGCAACCACAUGCUACUUACGACGAGGGUGCUUACGAUAACUAUGGCUCUGGCUAUAGAGAUGAACCUACAGACGCCCGUGGGCCGCAUCGGCAAGCCACUAUGAAAAGUCACAUCACCACGGAUUCUAUUGACUCACCUACGGGUAUCAGAGCCAGAGACGCUGCUGACAAUACUAGUGGCUUUGACCGUGGAGAGUUUCCACCCAAGGAAAAAGUUCCCCAAACCUUGAAGAGUUAUCGAUAUGAAACGCAGGGAAAUCUCUGGACAAGGGGAGGUCGUCCAAGGUGUAUUGGGAGGUUCUGCUGCUGCACCCUUCUGAUUGCUGUUUUUCUAAUAAUCAGCAUAAUCUUGUCCCUUGCAUUGUGGAUUCGGCCCCCCAACGUCAGCAUCGGUGAACUUCAGACAAUGUCUUCCGGUGGUAGUGAGUUCGAACUCACCAACGACGGUGUCAACAUAAACCUUGGCGUCAACAUCUCGGUUGACAAUCCGAAUUACUUUUCAGUCAAUCUGAAGAAAGUAACGGCCGAGUUGUUCUACCCUCUCAACAGCUCUAGCACUGGUACGGACAUUGGAGGUGGCACCUCCAGCAACAUCAAUUUCGCCUCGCACUCGCAGACCAAUUUUACCUUCCCGUUCGCGAUCGAAUACACCACGGCCGAUGACCCCAACAGCGCCAUCCUCGUAGAUCUCCUUGAGAAAUGUGGGGUUCUCGGCACAAAGACUAAUAUUGAUGUCAAUUAUAAGAUAACGCUCGCCAUACGCAUUCUUAUAGUAACGGUUUCACCGGUCAUUUCCAACUCGUUCAGCUUUGCAUGUCCCUUAGACUCGUCAUCGCUUUCGGAUCUCAUGGGCAGUUCUGGCCUAAACCUGACCAGUAUCGCCGGUAUAUUGGGAGGAUCUUAGCACUUCAUUUUUCCUUGCAUUGCACGUGUAUCAUAUAUUUCAAAAUCUGGACUAUAUUUGCUAUGAAUCUAGUACUACUCAAGAGACAU